AUGAACUCCAACACCAACAACGCCGGCGCGGGCAACAAGGACUACCUUGACAAGGGCCUCGACGCCGCCGAGAAGAAGUUCGGCGGCUCCUGGGGCGCGAACCCCGACAAGAACCGCGGUGUGAACGAGAAGAUCACCGAUGGCGCUCGCAACAUGUUCGAGAAGGCGACCGGCAAGAAGGUCCCCGAGAAGUUCUCCAACUAG